AAGAGAUUGUCCGCGUUCCGGCACCGAUAACCAUUUCUAUUUCUCGUUCGACAACAAACCGAAAGCAACGCGUGCGUUUUUCAGGUGCAUUUGUCGAAUAGAAACACAGAAAAUGUUCAAGUUUGUGCUUGCAUCCAUCGUGCUGUGCGGCCUGGCCGUAACCUCCAGUGAAGCUAGCGCUUGCCUCAAUCCAGAUGUGAAAACCAACUUUUAUUCCACCUCCGAUGCGACCAUCGUUAGUCAGAUUGGCUUCGUAACCGAGUUCACGUUAAAGUGCUCGAACGCCGGUGCCGAAAAGCUGCCGCUUUUUGCCGAAGUUCUUGGCAAGUUGGCUCCCGUUGUACGCAUCGGGGACAACAAAUACCAGGUCAGCUGGAACGAAGAGAUCAAAAAGGCUAGCAGUGGCAAGUACGAGAUCCGGCUCUUUGAUGAAGAAUCGUUCGCCGCCGUUCGCAAAGCGCAGCGUGCAGGCGAGGAUACGAGCUCAGUGAAACCUUUGACCACUCUGGCGGUGCAUUUCUCGGGCGCCUACAAGGGCCCGUGGAUCAACUCGGAGAUUUUGGCUACCGGUUUGGUCGGCUUCGUUGCGUACGUGGCGUUCAUGACACGAUCGAAGCUGGUCGCGUAAGCGGCGUGUGGCCGGUUAAAAAAGCAUUCACCACCAAUAGAUCAUCCGUAAUUCCGGUUAUUGCAUCCAUCGUACUUCGUUCGCACAAGAAACUCACUAUCAUAGAGCCGCAGAUAAAAUGUGUUACAAUUGUUUGAUUUUUGUUCGCAGUCACAGUUGGCUGCUUUGAAGCUUCGUGAAGAAUGUAGCCACAUACAGUAGGUGAAAUGCUUAAUUCGAGAAGAAGAGAGCACACUGAGGCCAAGCGGAACGUAUCACGUUCUGACCAGACUGAAUAAUAAACGAGUUCGGUGUCUCGUCGCACAUGGUCGC